AUGGGUUCUAGUGACGUAGACAACGCAAUCGCGGCGGGACAGGUGCCUGCCGGUAUCACUGCCGCUUACCUCAAAGAAAGCCGGGACGAAAGCUCCAUAAUCGCCAUUCUUUUUGUCUGUUGCUUGACUGUGCUGGUUGUCGCCUCACGAUGCGCCUCUCGACUCUUGGUUGUCAAGUUCUUCGGUUGUGAUGAUGCUCUUGCUGUCGUUGGCCUGGCGCUGCUGUUGGCUUUUGUGGUUCUUUGCGUUAUCCUCAUCAAGCUUGGCUCCGGUCGUCACUAUGACUACAUUCAAUAUGUGAUGCCGCUCAGCAGAGUCAAAGUGACUGAAACUCUCGACUUCGCCGCCCACAUCAUUUAUACGACGGCACUAUUCGCAUGUCGAUUCUCCGGUCUACUGUUCUUUCACAGGCUAUGCGCUCAGAGCAGACGCUUCGUUAUCACCAUAAGAUGCGCCGCAGCGCUUCUGUUCCUCGCCUACAUCCCGCAGCUCAUCCUCCUCAUUCUUCACUGCCUGCCUGUCACCAGCCUCUGGCCCUACGCAUGGCAACCUGGAGUUGAUGACUACACCUGCUUGGCUUGGGGUGUGGUGUACGUCACGAAUUCUGGAAUAUCCCUGGUCUGCGACAUGCUACUUUUCGGCAUACCGCUAGCCAUCAUCCGAUUUGUGAAACUCUCGAGAAAGAGGAAGAUCGGGCUUGCUCUCAUCUUCUUCCCCGGUCUGCUUGUUAUCGGCAUCUCGAUCGCUCGUCUUAUUCUUGUGGUCCAAGGGCAAUGGGAUCCGGAUGAGUCCUGGACCUACGACCCUAUGCUUGCCAUCGAAGUUGCCGAGAUUGGAGGGACCUUGAUUGCACUGUCUUUCCCCGGCCUGAAGCCGUUGUUCGACCGCCUAAUCAGCAAACGAUCGGGAGGCACGAAUGCAUUGUCUACCUUUCGCAGCGGAGCCGACUCUAGCCAUGUCAAGCAACCGCACGGAGCGUCCGGUAACGGAGAGUUCGGGUGGGAGAUCCGGGGCGGAGGAGAUGGCGCAAAUAGCAAAGACAACGAGGACAGCUCCAGCACCAACUCGAUUAUCCGCGGAGUACAGUUUGUGGUGGAAGAGUCGGACUGCAUCCCCCUGAAGGAAAUUAUGCACUCCAAGUCGAUAUCAGAGUGAUGUUCUUACCUCGACAAGCACAAGCUCGAUUGGGCUGGCGGAAUGGCACGUCCAACGGUCGCGCCGGACCGACACGGAAAGACGCUCGCAGGAGUAGGUGGAUUCAGGGCCGCACAGGACGUGCACGAAGGUUAUAUACGAAUCGGAACGGGACAUGGAUAUGACUGUGUGAUA